AUGCGUUUCCAGGAACUGGAGCGGAACAAUGACGACGACGAUGGUCAUGAUGACGCUGCGCCCGGGCAGACGGCUCAGCCAAUUUCGGGUGGAGUAAUUAAAAACAUUAAAUUAACCCUGGCAUUGCAGAAAAUGUAUGGAUUUCUGCUGCUGCUCCUGACCGUUUGGGUCACGGGCAGAAUUAUUACACCGGAGUGGGACGAGGACUGUGAACUGAAUGCUGCCGAUACAAUGCAUGACUUCUGCUGCGACCUGCACCACGAAAGUCCGCAAUUCAGCGACUGCCAGAUGGAAUGGCACGAAAAUAUCUUCUACGAGACGGAUGAAGAGGAACAGACGUAAAUGUUUUGCACCGCAGAGUGCAGUUUUAACAAAACAGAGUUCCUAGGCGGGGAUCGACGUUCGCUGAAUCUUGUCGAGGUAAAGAAACACUUGGAAAGCGAUCUGGUCAACGAUGCAGAUGUAAAGCUUCUUCAUGACACCUACGUCAAGUGCGACAAGCAUGCGCUCUCCCUUUUGCCGCACCAGGCAGUUAAGCAGUUAGCCAGACGCCUCUCCCGCCACGGCUGUCAUCCGUAUCCCGGUUUGGUGCUCGAGUGCGUGGCCGUCGAGAUGUUCCUCCACUGCCCAACAAAGCGUUUCCGUCAAACAGACCAGAGCAAAGAGACCCGCAACCAUCUGAAGCAAUGUAUGCAGUACCUAAAGUACAAAUCCUAG